AUGACUAGAAUACAAGGAAUUCGCUUUUUUGCUACCCAAGCAAAACAGAUAUUCAAUAUUGCAGAACCUCCUAAAUAUACUUUGGGGUCAUUAAGAUCUUUCCCUUCACUAGAGCCCCAUGAGUUCAUUCCGCUUCCCGAUGUUUUCUUGAAUGUCCCAUUGCGAAGAGAUCUUUUAUGGAGUGCUGUUGUCUACGAAGCUGAUAGAGCUAGAGUAGGAUCCAACUACGUUUUAACUAAGGGCGACAAACUUUACUCCAACAGAAAACUUCAUCCUCAAAAAGGCACUGGUAGAGCAAGGGUUGGUGAUCACAAUUCUCCUAUAAGAUACAAUGAAAUAAAGGCCCAUGGUAUUAAGGCUCCUCAUGACUGGUCUACGUUAUUGCCAAAAAAAAUAUACAGCAAAGCAUUUCAAAGCGCAUUUUCAGAUCAGUAUAGAAACGGAAAGCUCUUCAUUAUCGGAGGUCUGAAAAGCGGCACAUCAGAUGAAGUAAUUGUAGAUUUCAUGUAUGAACAUCCAGAGGCAACUAAACAAUUUGUUGAUCGCCAUGAUUUGAGGAACUUGAGCUUGUUGUUUAUCACUGACGUCCAAAGAGAUAAUUUAAUCAAAUCCACGGAGGCUAUUGGUAAAAAGGCUGAUGUUCUUGUGAAGGAAGCCGUGGAGGUCAGAGAUAUUUUAAAGGCAAACAGGAUCUUCAUUGAGUUGCCGGCACUACAAUGGUUCAUCUCAAAAUAUUCGGUCGAAUAA